AUGUUGACAAAGAACAAUGAAGAUGUAUACUUUAGAUUGAAACUCGUCGUCAUAAAGACACGUUGUUUGAUAAAGAAAUACUAUUUUUCUACUAACAGCGGAACGAUGAAGGUGCUUUUAUCAUUGCUUUGUCUGCUUUAUGCAGUGGAAGGAUACACGUUGGCAAAUAAGACCAAACUCCAUCAGGAUUUGUUCACGAACUACAAAAAAAAGUUCCGGCCUGGUGAAGACCAAAUAAUACCAACCGAACUCAUGUUUUCUUUCUACAUUAGGAGUCUCAAGGAGCGUCAGGAAAGUAAUGAAAUAAUGGUUGUGGUAGGCUCUCUUGGUUUGGAAUGGAAAGAUUUUCGCCUCUCUUGGAAUCCACUAGAUUAUGGUGGCGACCUUAAUCAAACUUCUGUUUUGGUUGACGAUAUUUGGACACCGUAUUUGGUCCUGAUGAAUCCGUAUGAAGAAGUAACACCGAUACUCUCAGAUAGAUUUUCUUGCGAAGUCUGGUAUAAUGGACACGUGUCAUGCCUGCCGCCGCCUAACAUUUUCGAAGCUUUAUGCGUUGCCAACAUUAAAUAUUAUCCAUAUGAUACUAAAAGUUGUGAUUUGCAACUAUAUGUUUCCGGGUGUUUUAGUUCAGACUUAAAACUUAAACCUGUAUCAAAGACUUUAAACACAGAUCUGUAUAAAGAUAAUGGACCUUGGAGUAUGACUAAUACUGGUAUUUCUGUACGCACUCAACAUAUUGGUAAUAAAAGUUUUGAAAUAUCGGAUCUAAACAUUCAAAUGAAACGAAGACCUGGAACCUAUAUGUGGCAAAUUUCGCCAAUUUUUAUUUUGAGUUUCAUGCAGGUUUUAGUUUUUUUCUUGCCUGAUGAAUCAGGUGAAAGAAUAGGAUUUUCAUUAACUAUUCUCUUGACUGAGAUUGUAUUUCUCACAGUGGUUCAAGAAAGCAUACCGAAAGCUUCAUCAUCAUUUGUGUCAGUUCUUAUCCACAAACAAUUUAUAGACAUUUCAAUUAGCUUAUUCAUACUAUUAGGAGUGGUUUCGGCAAGCAUUUGUUAUGAUACAGAAAACAAAAAAGAACCAAAGAAAACUGAGGAACCCAAGAAAACUGGGGAAAAACCAGUUGGAGUAGCACUUACUUCGGAUACAAGCAUUAACUAUGAUGAAGAAAAACCUGAGGAACCCAAGAAAAUCGAAGAAACGACGAAAAAUGAAGAAAUACUUGGUAAAAUUGAAAAAACGAAAUGUAAAUGGCGAUUGGGGAAACUUGUUGACUUUUUUUUUGGUUCUGCUAAUCUCGUUUUUAUGAUUGCAAUUAAUGCAUAUUUCUAUUGUUUAAUUGUGAAUAAGGAAUAAUCAAUUCAGUUACCAUGCGGAUUGUAUCAAAUAUCAAGGCACCUUUACAUAGCCGGACUCUCGUAAAAAUAAGUCUGUUCAGUAUUAGUCUGCUAGUAUAAACUAUCUAGUAUAAAAAACAUAUCUCGUGUAGCGUUCUUAUUAGUUUAAGGUGGUAUGGGACAUCUGUCGAUAUUAAUGUAAAUUAAAGUACAUUAUAGUUAAAAUGCUUUUUUUAUGGGUUUAGAAUGUUGAAAGUCUGCAAUAUUUAACCGAAGAUACGUUUUAAAAUUAUUUUGAAAAGGUAAAAAUCCGCAGCGAGAUUCGAACUCAUCACUUACAAAUUCUUAGUAAACACUCUAACCCACUGCGCUACGCUGUUAGGUGACAACUUUGGAAAAUAAACUAUUUAUAAAAUUACACUUCAAUGAUUUUAUUGUUUAUUUCGAUAAAUAUUUCGUCACAACAUGGAAGUGUCCCAGUCCCAAACCUCCUGAAAUUAAUAUAUUUAUCUCUGUUUCCAACAUAAUUAUUAUAAAAUUAUUUUCUGAAACUUAUUAUUUAAUGCAUAAGAUACAUUCAUUGGGUAUUUCUUUUUGUGUGAGUGUGUGUUUUUUUCUUUUUACUUAUACUAACCACAUGUAUUGUAUUUUGUUACGUUAUUAGACAACUAGUAAUUAUUUCAAUUUAGUUUGAUAAGCUUUGGAAACACCUAAAAAGAAAUAAAAAGGCAAAAUGCAUACAUUUUCUAUAUAUCCAAGAUAGUAUAUGUAAAACAAGUCCUUCAAACUUUGUUUGGGUUUGGUACGUAUUGGAGACCAUUAUGUACAAGCAAAUAUUACACACUUGCACCGGUAUUGCUGUAGUUGUUUUUUAAAUUGAAUAAAAAUUAUAACGUUGAUUUUUUAAA